GCGGCCGCUGCUUUUCUAUCUGCAUCCCUGAACACACAAGACGAGACAUGCUAAGAUUUUGAACGCUUUUCAUUACAACAACGCCGUUAUUGUCUGGCUUCUAAACAAUGUAGAAGCUUGGUAUUCUCGAGUAGGAAGAUUCAAAAUUUUCCUUUGACAAUGUGCACAACAUGUAACAUACUUCGUACUUACUUUUGUUUCUUGAAAUAAUGAUUUCGUAGAAUCUGCCUUGCUGAAAUUCUGACACGAAAAAAACACGGGACAUACUUUAUGGAUUAUAUUUAGAUUAUAGAGUGGCAUUGUCUACAUGACAAACCUGUCAUUUGGAUCGUAAGCACACAUGAGUUCGAUUAACUCUACACAUUCCAUCGAGUCAUGAGGUGGUAUCCUCCAGGUCAUGGCGAUACUUAUCAGUCAUUUUAUAAUUCUGGUCUACUUGAUCAGUUCUUAUCUGGAGGUAAAGAUGUUGUUUUCAUAUCAAAUAUUGACAAGGUUAAUAUUGACAACUUGGGAGCCACUGUUGAUUUGAAUAUUUUGAAUUACAUUCUCAACCCUCCUAGUGGAACAGUUGAAUUUGUAAUGGAAGUGACUGACAAAACAAGAUCUGAUGUCAAGGGUGGAACAUUAAUUGAGUAUGAAAACAAAAUACGUUUGUUUGAAAUUGCUCAAGUGCCAAAACAACAUGUAGAUGAAUUCAAGUCCAUUUCCAAGUUUAGGAUAUUUAACACUAAUAACCUUUGGGUACGAAUGUCUGCGAUCAAGCGAUUACUGGAUGCAAAGAAAAUGCACAUGGAGGUUAUAAUAAAUAACAAGAGUUUAGAAAAUGGUUACAAUGUUAUUCAACUUGAAACUGCUGUUGGAGCAGCAAUCAAGAAUUUUAAUGGAUCUAUUGGUAUCAAUGUACCCCGAAGUAGAUUUCUUCCAGUAAAAACAUCAGAUCUUCUUCUUGUCAAGUCUAAUUUAUACGAAACAAAUGAUGCUGGUGCAUUAAUGAUGAGCCCUAAGCGACAUUUUGCCUCAACUCCAUUUGUUCAACUAAGUGGACCUUACUUCUGGAAGGUUCAUGCUUUUAAUCAGAGAUUUCAAACUAUUCCUGAUAUUUUGGAGCUUGAUCACCUUACUGUAUCUGGUGAUGCUACUUUUGGUAAAGAUGUCAUUUUAAAGGGGACUGUUAUUAUCAUAGCGAACCAUGGAGAAAGAAUUGAUAUUCCUGCAGGUUCUUUUCUUGAAAAUAAAAUUGUGUCAGGAAACUUGCGAAUAUUGGAUCAUUAAGAAAAUUCAGUUGCCAGGUACACCACUAUAUGCUAUAGAAAUUAUGCUAUGUGAAAGAUCAAUAAUAAUUCUUAAUUUAGCAGAAAAUAAGGUGGAAAUGUGAGUUUAUGGUAAUAUACAUAGCAGUAAAUGCUGCACAACAUGUGCUAUCAGCUUGUGAAUGAAGUAGAUUAUAUAGGAAAUUAUUUUUGUUACAUAUAUUUUUAUCAUUGUUUUCAAGAAAUUGUUUCUUUUUGAGCUUUUAACAUCAGGCAUUGUGUUAAUCAUUAUUGGAAUGUAAUCAACCCUAAAUUAUUCAAACUUAUUGUAAUCUUAAAAAUGAAAAGGAUAGCAGAGAAUAGAAAGUCAGUUAAAAUGGAUGGCUUAAAACCUUGUCAAAAACAUUAAAGAGAGAGAUAUCUUUUCA